CCGUCUGCUUGCGCGUCCCGCCGCGCCCCGCGUGCCGCCGCCGCCGGCCCCCGCAGCCCCGCGCGCCCGCAGCCCGCCCAUGGCCAGCCCGCCGCGCGCCGCCGCGGCCCUCGCCCUGCAGGACUGCAAUAACGGAUGCUCCCCAGGAUGUGCCGAAGGAGGAGGAUGCAAGGAGGUGGUGGAGACUUUCAAGGCUAAAGAUCUAAUAAUCACACCAGCCACUAUUUUAAAGGCAAAACCAGACCCAAAGGCUCUGGUUUUCGGAACUGUGUUCACGGAUCACAUGUUGACAGUGGAGUGGUCCUCAGAGUGUGGAUGGGAGAAACCUCAUAUCAAGCCUUUUCAAAACCUGUCCUUGCACCCCGGCUCAUCGACUUUGCACUAUGCAGUGGAAUUAUUCGAAGGAUUGAAGGCAUUUCGAGGGGUAGAUAAUAAAAUUCGACUGUUUCGGCCAAACCUCAACAUGGAUAGAAUGCAUCGAUCUGCUGUGAGGGCCACUUUGCCGGUGUUUGACAAGGAAGAGCUUUUAGAGUGUAUUCAACAGCUUGUGAAAUUGGAUCAAGAAUGGGUCCCCUAUUCAACUUCUGCUAGUCUAUAUAUUCGUCCGACAUUCAUUGGAACCGAGCCUUCUCUUGGAGUCAAGAAGCCUAGCAAGGCCCUGCUCUUUGUAAUCCUGAGCCCCGUGGGGCCUUAUUUUUCAAGUGGAACCUUUAAUCCAGUGUCCCUGUGGGCCAACCCAAAGUAUGUGAGAGCCUGGGAAGGUGGAACUGGAGACUGCAAGGUGGGAGGGAAUUACGGCGCCUCUCUUUUUGCCCAGUGUGAAGCAAUGGACAAUGGGUGCCAGCAGGUUCUGUGGCUCUAUGGAGAGGAUCAUCAGCUAACUGAAGUUGGAACUAUGAAUCUUUUUCUUUACUGGAUAAAUGAAGAUGGAGAAGAAGAACUGGCAACUCCUCCGCUAGAUGGCAUCAUUCUUCCAGGAGUGACAAGGCAGUGCAUUCUGGACCUGGCACGCAAGUGGGGUGAAUUUAAGGUGUCUGAGAGAUACCUCACCAUGGAUGACUUGACAACUGCCCUGGAGGAGAACAGGGUGAGGGAGAUGUUUGGCUCUGGUACAGCCUGUGUUGUCUGCCCAGUUUCUGAUAUACUGUACAAGGGUGAGCCAAUGCACAUUCCAACUAUGGAGAAUGGUCCUAAGCUCGCAAGUCGUAUCUUGGGCAAAUUGACUGAUAUCCAGUAUGGAAGAGAAGAAAGUGACUGGACAAUCGUAUUAUCCUGAAUGAAAAAUACAGGAUUCCAACUGUGUGCUAUUUGGGCAGACUGUUGCAUUUGAAUGGUGGUGGAUUUCUUUGACUACCUGUUAGAAGUUGUGCAUAAUGUAGUUUGUAUUAUCCGUGUGUUACAAGGGUGAUUGUUUCCUCAUGCCGGAGAAAAUGACUUGCAAUCAUCAAACGGUGUUCUGUACACUCACUAGUCUUUUACCUUUCCUAGAAAAAUAUUAACGUAAGCCAUAUAACAUAGGAUUCUCCUCAGUGAUUUUAGUGCCUCCCCUAGAGUUCACUGAGAUGUUCAAGUGUUUGUUUAUUCUUUAGUAUAAGCCAUGUUCUGCUACUCAACCAAAUGUGAUUUUUUUGUGUUUGAAAGCUGAUUUGAGUAAAUUUCACAGGUAACAUUUCCUGCAACACAUCUUGAUCCUCAGAAAGUGUUUUUUUUUUGUUUUUUUUUUUUUAAUCAAGACUUUGAAAAACUAGAUUUCCUCUUGUCUCAGUGUUUUGCAGGCCCCCUAGGCCCAUCCUAAGGUGAACAUCUCCCUUCUUCCUGAUGUCACACGUCCUGCUCGAGCUCAUCUUGUGCCUCAGCAAGACCUGAGCACGUUUCUGCCACUGCGCUUGUGUUGUCAUUGGCUGUUUGUCAGGCUACCACAAGACUGGGGUCUUGUGCCUUAUGGAUCUUUUUACCCCCAAUGCCAGGCACA